AUGGGAAGGCCACUAGGAUAUCGAGCACUCCAAACCAGGUUAGCCGGUAUUUGGCGCCCCACAGGUACGACACAUUUAAUUGACCUUGGUUACGGAUAUUUUAUUAUGUGUUUUGAUGUGCUUAAAGAUUACCAACAUGCCCUCAUGGAUGGACCAUGGUUUGUGGGAGACAAUUACCUGCAUGUGCAGGCUUGGGAAGCGGAUUUUCAUCCGCAAACUGCCAAAAUAUCAACCACGGCAAUCUGGAUUCGUCUAGAACAACUUCCCAUAGAAUAUUACCAUCCUGAAUUUCUCAAACACGUGGGCAAAAAAUUAGGAAAACUUUUGAAAGUUGAUGCCAUUACUAGCGCAGCCAUUCGAGGAAGAUUCGCUAGAGUGUGUGUCCAAAUAAACAUAGCCAACCCGCUGCCCAAACGUGUAAAAAUAGGUUCAUUUUGGCAGGACAUUGUAUAUGAGAACCUACCCAUGCUGUGUUACAAUUGUGGUCGGAUUGGACACAGGGAAACACACUACACAGAGAGAUUGCCAUGCUCUACUACCGUGAUACCUCUUGAGAACGAUACCCACACUCCAACAACCUCACUGCAUGACCCAGCCGACGUGGCAUCACCAUGGAAAACAGUCCAGACCCAAAGAUCUAGACCACAUGGACGUCCAAGUGAUAACAUGCAAAGGAGCAAAAUCAUGGUGAACGAAAAUCAUCCAGUUUUUCAGCCACGUGGCCAAGCCUCAACGGAUCACUCACAUAGGCAACGCACUCAAGAAAUUGAAGCGGUGAAAGGACUUGAAGAAAAUGUGGAACAACAGCCACCUGGUUUUAACCGUGGCAAGGUGGCAUUAAAUGGUAAAAAAUACCAGCCCAUGCAGCCAUGUGAGAAGGAGCAGGCCAUGUAA